AAGAAGAGGAGGCGGAGGGGAGAAGGGGGAGGAGGAGGAGGAGGAGGAGAAGGAGGAGGCGGAGGAGGCGGAGGAGAAGGAGAAGAAAACAAAGAGGUCCGCGGUGACUUUAGUAAAAUAAGAAAGAGCAGUGAAUGAAGAGAUGGAGGGAGACAGGCGGACUGAGGUGGAGGACUGAUUGUUCUUCUGAACCCCAAACAGCGUCAUCAUGUCUGAGGUGGUGGCAGAAGGAGAACAAGUCCCGGCUGAGGAAGAGGAGGAGGAGGAGGGAGGAGGAGGAGGAGGAGGUGAAGAUGAGGGAGAAGAGGGAGGAGGAGGAGUUACCAUGGAAACCCCCAAUGCUCCUGUUUACUGUAUUUGCAGGAAACCAGACAUCAACUGUUUCAUGAUAGGCUGUGACAGCUGUACUGAGUGGUUUCAUGGAAAGUGUGUUGGAGUUUCAGAGAAAGCAGCCAAAGCCAUCAGAGUGUGGUACUGUCCGUCCUGCAGAGACAGAGACUCGUCUCUGGAGAUUAAAUACCGUCCAAAGAAGACCAAGGAGAAUGAGGAGAAAGAUGCAGGGCCGGAAAGAGAUGACAUACCUGAAGAAGACGGAAGCCCCACCCCCCAGCUCAGGAGUGACAGGAGGCGGAGCUCACAGAUCAAGCGUUCAGCCAGGAUGUGUGGAGAGUGUGAUGCCUGCCUGAGGACGGAGGACUGCGCUCAGUGCGACUUCUGCAAAGACAUGAAGAAGUUUGGAGGUCCAAACAAAAUCCGACAGAAGUGUCGACUCAGGCAGUGUGAGGUCCGAGCCCGAAAGAUGCUUCGGGUCAGAGACGAGGAGAUGAGUCGGAGCGGCAGCAGGUUGCGGGGCCUACCAAGGAGAGGGCCGGGGAAUCUGACAGAGGAGGAAGAUGAGGAGGAGGAUGAUGAGGAGGGGGUGUUCAGCGAGAGUGAGCUGGAGCUUUACGAGCAGUACAAAGCUGCUGGAUACAGAGACCUGGUGUGGCACAGCGAGGAAGAGGACGCUCAGUCGGACUCUCUGAGGAAGAAGGCGGUGAAGGUGAAACACGUGAAGAGACAGGAAAAGAAGCCGGAGAAGAAGAAGUCUGUGUCUGCUCCUAAAGAGGAGGUGAAGCCUCGGCGUCACAAAGCGAAGCAACGUCACAAGGAGCGCGUGCGGCACAGCGAACGAGCUGGAGAGGGUGGGGUCAAAGAUGUGGGCGGGGCUGUACGGCAGUGUCUGGGUCCUGGAUGCGUCGAACCAGCGAGGACCAACUCCAAAUACUGCUCCGAGGACUGCGGCAUGAAGCUUGCUACCAAUCGCAUCUAUGAGAUCCUGCCUCAGAGGAUCCAGCAGUGGCAACAGAGUCCAUGCAUUGCGGAGGAGAUGGGGCGUAGACAGCUGGAGCGAAUCAGGAGGGAGCAGCAGGCGGCAAGGCUCCGCCUCACACUGAUGGAGAAACGUUUUCAUGAACUUGAAGGCAUCAUUGCCAACGCCAAACUGCAGCAGGUCCAACAGCACGAGGAGGCGACUGAAGGGGAUGGCGAUGACACCGACCUGCAGAUCUUCUGUGUGUCCUGCAGUCACCCCAUCAACCCCAAGGUGGCGCUGAGACACAUGGAGAGAUGCUAUGCUAAGUAUGAGAGUCAGACAUCGUUUGGUUCCAUGUACCCAACACGUAUAGAGGGAGCCACCCGGUUGUUCUGUGAUGUGUACAACCCUCAGAGUAAGACGUACUGUAAGCGGCUGCAGGUUUUAUGCCCUGAACAUUCCAGAGAUCCAAAGAUCCCAGCAGACGAAGUUUGUGGUUGUCCUCUGGUGAAAGACGUCUUUGAGCCGACCGGAGAGUUCUGUCGCGUUUCCAAGAGGAAGUGUAACAAACAUUAUUGCUGGGAGAAACUCCGCAGAGCCGAGGUCGACCUGGAGCGGGUCAGAGUGUGGUACAAACUGGACGAGCUGUUUGAGCAGGAGAGGAACCUGAGGACGGCCAUGACCAAUCGAGCCGGUUUAUUGGCUCUGAUGCUGCACCAGACCAUCCAACACGACCCAAUCACCACCGACCUUCGCUCUGCCAAAGACAGGUAGACAGGUGGAGAGAGAUGGGUGGAGACAGACAGGUAGACAGGUGGAGACAGGUACACGGGUUGAGACAGUUCGAUAUAGUCGGGUGGAGACAGGUGGAAAUUGGUGGAGACAAGAGUAGACUGACAGGAGGUGUAGAUACAUGUCCCCUGUCUUCCACGGGGGGAUGUUUUUAGUCUUGUCUGUUAUAAAUGUUUGUGUGAAUUUUUUAUUGUGAGAUUUCAAACCAACAAAAUGCAUCAUGGGAAUCAGAGUCACAUGCAAUUCACCAAAAAUAAAAUAGCGCAACAGUGAGGUUCCGGAAGUGAAAAUCCCAUUCAUAUUCUCCAUUAACAUUUUGAUUAUUAGACAUAAUGUCCAAUGUAUACCCACAGUCCUAAAGUGUAACACCGACAUCUCUGAUUGGUGGAGCUCGCUGUUACCGCACCCGCAAACUUAUUGUUGACUUGUGAUUCUGCGUUCCAUUAUACCUUGGAACUCAAAGCUCGGGCGUCCAGAUUGUCAUUCCAUUAUACCUCAGAAGCUGAAAUACAUUACAAGACUAUUAUCAACAAUAUAAACACUAUAGUGGUGAUGAUGAUGAAGGUUAAAUUCAAGAAGAAGCUAAACUGUCGGUUGGAAGUAGUUGGAAAGUUUAUAGGAUGAGUAGUUCCUUAGCUGUUCAAAUAAUUAAUGUACAGUCUUGUGUACCUUUGCCAAAUUGUAUUUUUUGCUCCACAUAAAAUGUUUUAUGGUAACUAUUAAUUUCCUAUUUUUAUUGGCUUGGUUCCAGGCUUAAAACUCUUUAUAUAAGGAAUUUAUGACAUGUGAAUGGAGUAAAUUAAUUGGAAAUUCACUUCCGAAACCGUAGCCGUUCUAAAAGUAGGCAGUCACUGUUGCGCUCUAUGGACAGCAUGUCUUAUAAUUAUGACCUCAUUCACAUCUGUGAUGUAAUUACAUCAGAUUUCCAGUACAAAAUAAGAUCAGAUCAGAUCAACCAGAUAAAUUUCAUCAUUAAGAUUAAAAAAGAUGUGAGACCUUUAAAGAAAUUAAUCUUGAAAAUAGCUGUUAUUUCUUGUUAUAUUUCUGAAUAGGAGUUAUUAAAUGUUCAGUUCUUAUCGUUCUGAGAUUACGACAUAUUGAUUUCAUGAUUAUGAAAUUGCUAUGAGUCGUGCAAAUGUUUGUUUUUGUGACUGAGAGACAGAAGUUGUUGCAAUGAGGUUGUGUUUUUCUCUGGUGACAGUCGUGACGUGAUUCAGUGUCUCAUUCAAGUGACGGAGACAUCACACAUUGUUUACAGUCAACAUAUGGAUCAGAACAUCAGCUCCUCUGAUAAAUAACUAACAGUAUUAACACUGAGUUCAGAUCCAGGCACAUCUGCACUAAUACUACAGUACCCACUAUUCCCUGAUAAGCACUCAGAGCAGUGGUCAACCAGCCCAAGUUUGUGUUUGGCUGUGGAUCGUCCUGUGGAGAAAUACUACAUGCAGCUAAAAAUUUUAACAUGUUCUGUUUGUAUUGUUUUUUUUAUUCAAAUGUUCUUUUCUCGCAUCAUUUUAUAUCUGUGUUUUUAUACUUUGUACUGUUUGUUCUUGUUAUCCUGUUCGACCCGACUGAACAUUAAAACUGAAGUUUUGUUCUU